UCUACCCCACUUCCCUUCUAUAAAACUAAAGCACAAAUUCACAUCAAGGUGGGGUCUCUUCCAAAAACACUCUUCAUCAUAUUAUAUUAUUGGACAGUGCAAUUGAUUAUUAUUGUUAGUACUAUAAAGCUACCCUUCCCACAACUCUCAAUCACUUCAAACCCUUCAAACUCACAAUCCCCUCUCUUUACAAUCUCACCACUUUCUUUUCUUUUUUAUGGUUUCAUUCCAUCCCUUUGGUUUAUUGAUCUCUCCCAAUAAAUACCUUGUGCACUUGUGACAUAAACCCCCCAUAGCAGAAGCAUUUAAUUUCUGACCAUGUCUGUUACAGGAGUUUCAGACCCUGAUAGAAUGUUCAAGAAGCCAUUCCAUCGCAGGAAUGACUCUGGUGAGCUUGAUGUGUUCGAGGCUGCAAGGUAUUUUUCAGGGUACAAUGAAACGGGUAGCUAUAAUUGUGCAACAUUUACUCAGAAGAUCAUGCGGGAAGAGAGGCAGCCAUCGAGAGGAGGCAGGAUCAGCUUGGAUGUACCGAUGAAAAACCCUCUUCCUCAACAAACUCAUGUGGUGGAAAAACAAAUUAAGGAGAAGAAAUACAAGCAACCAAGUUCUCCAGGUGGUAGACUUGCAAGCUUCUUGAACUCUCUUUUCAAUCAAACAGGCUAUAAGAAGAAGAAAUCAAAAUCUACCGCACACUCCAUGAAAGAUGAAGAAGAGAGCCCUGGUGGGAGAAGGAAAAGGAGGAGCAGCAUUAGCCAUUUUCGUAGCUCUAGUGCAGCAGAUGCAAAGUCCUUUUAUUCUUCUUCAAGUUCUGGUUUCAGGACACCACCUCCUUAUGCACACACACCUACAAAAACCUACAAGGAAUUUAGAAGCUAUUCUAAUCACAAGCAAGUGGUAUCUCUCCCAAAGAAUAAUAAUAUUGGGCAAACAAAAUCUGCAGCUUUACAAAAUGAUCUCUUGGAUGACAAAAGGAAUACAACAGACUAUUCUUGGUUGGAUGAGAAACGCAAGUUCAAUGAUGGCUACUCAGAAAAACACAAGAAUCUCGGUACGCGUCAUCAGGAGAAGGAUAGGAAUUUUGCUGAUCGAUAUCCAUCAGAGGAGAAAGAAUUCAGGAAGUUCAAUGAUGUUGAUGAUGGUGCAGAUAGUGAUUCAAGCUCUGAUCUGUUCGAGUUGCAAAACUAUGACUUAGGCAUCUACUCGAGUGGUUUGCCUGUGUAUGAAACCACACAUAUGGACAGCAUCAAGAGAGGAGCACCAAUUUCCAAUGGCGCCCUAUGAGUAUACAUUUUCAACAUGUUGAUGGGUUUCAUUUGUUUUCAUUGCCAUUGGAGGCUGUGAUAAGAAAACUGAUGCCCUAGAUUUUGCUUUCUUUUUCCUCAUUGCCUGCUUCUUUGAAAGUUCGUUGAAUGUUUUUUUUUUUUUCUGUAUGUACAGUUUGGAAUGUUUGUUUGUCUUACCUUUCUCAGUUUUCUUUUCUCUUUUUCUUUCCUUGGAGCUAGCUUAUUUCAUUUCGUGGAUUAAUGCAAACACAUUAAA